AUGAAAUGCAGCAUAUGUAGGGAAAGUGGGCAUAAUAUAACAACCUGUCCUCAAAAACCAAUUGGGGAAUCAUCAAAUGCAAGUUCAAAGAAAAAGAAAUCCAAGAAAGUUGAUAAAGUGAAGGUUGUAUUGGCACAUGAAGUUGAUAUUGACAGUGACAGUGAAGUUGAAAUAGAACCUGAACGUGAUGUUGACUCUUUUGAUCUUGAAUUUGAAGAUGAUGUGCAACCUGGAGUUGAAGAUGGAGUAGAACCUGAAGUCCAAGAUGGAGUGCAACAUGAAGUUCAAGAGGAAGUGCAAGCUGAAGUUGAACCUGAAAAUCAUCCUGAAGUUCAUGAUGCUAACCAAGUUGAAGUUCACCUUGCAGUUCAAGCUGAAGUUGAACCUGAAGUGCAAGUUCAAGUUGAAGAUGCUAACCAAAUUGUAGUUCAAGAUCAAGUGGAAAUACCAGCUUUUCAAGUUGUAGUGGGAAAGAGGGCAAGGAAACCUUCAGAAAGAAUUACAAAACUGAAGAUAAGAAAGAUGUGGGAGGGAAAACAGGGCAGUAGUGAUGACAAUCCGUAUGAGUUGGAUUAA